CGGAAAAUGGCUGCUGCAACCUCAAGCCUAUCCUGAUACACCGAAACGACAUCAAGGUGGAGAGAGAGAGAGAGCCACAGGAAGAGCGAGGAAGAUUAGGAAAAUGAGAGCAGAUGGAGAGAGAAUGUGAGUGAGUCUGAGUGUUUCCUGAAAGGAGGAUAAAAAGAGGGAGAGAGGAGACCCUGGGGUGGGCUGCUGCAAGCGGCGGGCAACACCGAGCCAUGGAGGGCGAUGUGCGUGUUCGCGCCGUGGUGAUGACACGGGACGACUCCAGUGGCGGUUGGGUGCAGCUGGGCGGGGGCGGCCUCAGUCACGUGGUCAUAUGGAAGGGGCGGGGCCUCGACGGCAGGGGGCGGAGAGAGUACGUCAUCCGCGGAGAGCGGCUGCGAGAUCGAGCACCGGUGUUGGAGUGUGCAGUGCAAAGGGGGUUAGUGUACAACAAGGUCAACCCCAUCUUCCACCACUGGCGGGUAGAGGACCGAAAGUUUGGCCUUACUUUCCAGAGUCCUGCCGAUGCCAUCUCCUUUGAGAAAGGGCUGCAGACUGUCAUAGACAAGCUGGACAGAGGGUCUGACUCGCCCUCAUCCUCUACCCCAGAAGAGGCCGACACUGAAGAUGACGGACAAGCCUCCCACACAGGAAGCGAGUCGUCAUCCAACAGCAGAAAGGAGAUGCUUCCCAAACCCAUCACCAUAGUGACAAGCGAGUCCUCAUCUACCUGCUUUGUGCGGCCGGAGGAGUUUAGCUUUGGAUCCAGCCAAGCCGUCACCACUCACACACCUGCUCAGAUCCAUCCUCGGCCAGGACAGCACCAGACAGUGUUGAACCCCCCGGCGCCGCCACCCCCGCCUCCUGCGCCCCCCACCCCCCCCGUGGGGCCCCCGGCCUCGUCCCCCCUGUCGCCCACCAUCUCCCUGCUGGAGGAGGAGGACCUGCGCAGCGUGGACCCCUGCAAGGACCUGUGGGGGUCUCCGGGCUACGAGGACUACCGGGUGGGGGGCCUGACGGGGGGCGUGGUGGUCGGCGGGGCCCAGGACAAGGAGCUGUGCGUGGUGCGCUUCGAGAAGGAGCUGGCGGGCCCGGCGGGCUGCGAGCUCUCCGCCGGCCCGGACAGCAAGGCCUCGCCCGCCUGCGCGUCCCCGCCCAACACCGUGCCAGGCGUGUCCUCAGGCGCGGGCUCGCCCACGGACACGCGCAAAGGCGCGUCCUCGCCCUGCUGCGUGCACGCCUCGCUGGCCAGGACUCGGAGGAGGGGCGGGGACCCGGGGGGGGGCGUGUCCCCCGACGAGGACUGCCCCCGCCCGCAGGCCCCGUCCGGGUGCUCGUCGCGCUGCGUGUACUGCCGCUCCGUGUUCAGCGCGGCGGAGAAUGCGCGUGGCCGCUGCAGGGACGCGCCCGACCCGGCGCUGCGCUGCCUGCGCCAGUGGACGUGCGUGUGGUGCGCGGAGAGCCUGCUGUACCACUGCAUGUCGGACUCGGAGGGGGAGUUCUGGGAGCCGUGCUCCUGCGACGACUCCCUUGGGGCCCUCGGGAACCCCCCCGGGGGGGCCCCGCUGUGCUGCGCUCGCUGGCUGGCGCUACUGGCGCUGUCGCUGCUGGUGCCGUGCAUGUGCUGCUACCUGCCGCUGCGUGCGUGUCUGCGCUGCGGGGAGCGCUGCGGCUGCUGCGGGGGGAGGCACAAGGCGGUGCGGUGA